CUGUUUUUUCAGUUUUUUGACGAUCCUUCGUCAGUUCCUUCCGAAGAAGAUUAUAACCUUCUUCGCUUCUACGAUUCGUGCACUCGAUACGCCAAAACCAUCCGCAAGAACGCAACUCUUCUCUCUGAAUGGUAUGCCUUCAAGCAUGGUCCUGAAAUGAAGGAGGUUCUGGCUGAAGUGGUGGCUGACAACAAUCUCCAGAAUAUGAAUAUUACCCUUGACGACCUGGAGGAUUUUUAUAAAAUGUCGUCACACGAAACUGCUGUUCAGCAAGCCGAUGAGGAAAUUAGCGGAUGGUUGAAACUGUUUCGACCGGAACACUUGUACGUGCUGGAAUAUCUCCACGACAUGAAGGUUGGUUUGGUUUUUCGUAGUCUGAAUCUUAAAGCGCGCUAUCUGCAGAAAACACCCUUCCCUUUCCAGAGUUGUAGUACGUAG